AUGAACACGUUUCGGGACACCGAUUCACUUUCCCUUCUCACCAAGGAGAUAGACAGGCGUGCCUCAGAUGAAGUCGGAUCAGAGUGUGCUGAUGUUGGGACCUCGAGGCGAGCCAACCGAGACGGAGCUAAUGCACAUUGCCGCAGAUCCGCUACAGGGAACAUGGGUCGUUCAUCAGACGAGUCGCGCCAUGCGCCGCCAGCAGCUUCGCGGCUCGUCAUCCAUACAGGUGUACAAUACCAGGCACCCGUUGUCUAUGUCCCCGAAGAUCUCUUCUCCAGCCUGUUCCGUCGAACCAGCCUGACCAAGAUGCAUCUGACAUGGCGACGGAGCAGGUCGAACCUCCUGAUUUCAGAUCUCGAGCACUAUUCUCGCACCGGCACUGCAGAUAGAUGCUUCGAUGAAGCUCAAGCCUCCCCGCUUUACGACCUAAUGGCCGAGGUCGGCUAUUCUGUUAUAACGCCAUACUCCUUCGCCUACGCCUCACGACCUGCGCCCCUCGAAGACCCCUUCAUCGACGACCCCUUUGUCGAUGAGGAAACGCCUGCCAUCUCCUCCGUCACCCACCUGCCGCAGCCUUCUGACUCGGACACCAAAGCCCGCAUCACAUCUUGGCUCGACGCCGUCGACCCCAUCGUCGCACCCCCGCGACCGCCCAGCCCAGACCUGUACCCCCUCGAGCCAAUGGGUUCCAGCAGCAACAGCACGCCGCACGAAGACGCCGCGCUCGCAGCCCCGGCGGCGGCGGUGGCGGCGGCGGCAGCCGUGUCGCGAAGAGUGACAGUCACCGUCCUCGGCCCGGGCUUCAUCGGCCGCAUGCCCCGCCCCGCGACCGUUGAGUUCCAGGCGCUCCUGCUCGCGGGCCUGCUGGCCGUGCUCCUAGCGCCGCGCAUGACGCUCAUACUCGUCUGCAGCGUCUCGCUGUCGCGGCUCGGCGAGAAAGGCGCUGUACGGGGGCGACGCGGACAGGCGUGUCGCGGGGAUGCUGCACCGCGGAUGAGCUGGAGGGGUACGAGGCCGGGAGGCGGGUGGGUGGCGUGCUGGGGAUGGGGACCUGGUGAUAUUUCGUUAUGGGUUGUAUCUUCUCGAUGGGUCCGUCCGGCAGCGGUUUUAUUUUCUGGCUCUGUUUUCGAUUGGCGUCUGCGAGAUGGUUCAUUUGGCGUUUGA